AUGGCCUACACAGAUGAUGCUGUGAAAGCAAAGCUCUCGGCUCUGAACGAGACCCAGGAGAGCAUUGUUACUGUCGCGCAAUGGGUCAUGUUUCACAGGCGCCACGCUGAGAAGACUGCUCAGAUCUGGCUUCAGAAGAUUCGUGACUCGCCGCCCCCUAAGCGAUUGAACCUCGUCUACCUGGCGAAUGAGGUCGCGCAGCAGUCUAAAGCCCGUGGAAAGGAAGAUUUCCUGAUUGCAUUCUCGCCGAUCGUUGCGGAGGCUACAGCGGCUGCAUACAAAGGCUCGUCGAAUGACAUUCAGCAGAAGAUCCGUCGAGUUGUGGAUGUAUGGAGACAGCGCCAUGUGUUCGAAGGCCCGAUUCUGGAUGCCGUGGAGGCUCGUGUAAACGAUAUUGACAAGAACCGCCUGACUACCAAGAAACAACCUCUCGGCGGCUCGUUCUUCAAGGAUUCCUCUGCGGGAUCUACUCCGUCUGAACUCCAGCCUUUGGUCCCCCUGCAAGUCGCUCUCACAAAAGCGGCCAUCACUUCCAACAGCUCGGCCACAACUGCCAAUACCGAGUACGACAAGUUGAAUGACCCACAAGCCCCCAAGAUAACCCCUGCAGUGCAUGCAGCACGCCUCGGCACCCUUCUCAAGGCACUCGCGCAUGCCGAGAAUUCCGUUUCAGAGGUCAUCAAGUCGCGGCGCGCCCUGAUCGACGGGCUCGAGAAGUUUCUCGCAACCAAUCGCACUGAGCUUGAAAAGGAGGAGUCUCUCGUGGCACAAUUCGGAGAUAAAAAGGUGGAGACGGACACAAAGCGGCGCGAGGUUGAGGACGCAAUCAUGCGUGGGUAUCAAGAUGACUCUUCUUUCUCUGCGCCUGGGCAGGGUAAUGGAGGCGAGGAGCCUCCUCGUCCUGAAGUUGAGGCAUUGACUCCUCCCCCCAUUGAGGCUAUCACACCCGUUGGAUCACCCAAACCCGAGCAGUCACACGCUAGUCACGGCCCGUUCACAGAAGAUGCCCCGCUAAGCCUUCCACAUGGCCUCACUCUUCAAACGGACAAUGAUAUGGAAUUCGAUCCAUCCAGUAUCUCUCCCGGGGGUGAAAACGACUUUGAUAUUGGUGUGAACGGGGCAGCUGCCAAGAGACGCAAGACGGCGCAUGAGGAGGACUACGCAGAGUUCGCUGGUGGAGACUUGGAUGCCGAUGUAGCGGCUAUGAUCGCUCAGGAAGGAAACCAGUGA